AUGGACAAACAUGAAUCCAGCGUGAUAGAGUUUGGAGAAAGAAGAAACGAGGCGAACAGGCUGAACAGUGAAGACGGAUCUCCAAUCAGUUUAAGUGGGGCCAAAGUUCGCCAUAAGAGGCAGGUGUUGCAGGACAUGGCGCGGCCCCUAAAACACUGGCUCUACAAACACCGGGACAAUCCUUAUCCCACCAAAACAGAGAAGGUUCUGCUGGCUCUGGGAUCACACAUGACACUGGUGCAGGUUUCAAACUGGUUUGCCAAUGCCCGGCGGAGGCUGAAGAACACAGUGAGGCAACCGGACCUGAGCUGGGCCCUGAGGAUCAAACUUUAUAACCAGUACAUCCAGGGCAACGCAGAGAGACUGAGCGUGUGCAGCGACGACAGCCACACAGACACAGACGAGUGCCCAAUACAAGCUCAGAUUCGUCCCUCAGACUUCGGCCGCUCGUCCUCUCACCAGAGCACGCUCCAGUCCCAGAGCAGAGUCCUCCCCAGCCCUGAUGACGGGGGGUCGGGCCCUUCCAAAUACAAGAGCAGCUUACUGAACCGCUACCUGAAUGACACGCUGCGACACAUGAUGGAGGCGGAGAGAGCGGCGAGCGCGGGCCGACAGCGGAGGUCUCACUGCGAGUCCUUCAGCUCCAACGAUUGUGAGAGGGACGUGGUGUCUCCGGCAUCCUCGUACGGGACAGAGGCCAAUUACGUCUACCACAUGGACCCUGUUGAUUACAGCUCAACUAAGUUUGCCAGUGAGCAGCAUGGAAGUGAACCAGCCUGGAGAGAGCUCCACGCUGCAGUGGCACUAACCAACCUGGCCCAGGGGCAGAGUGCCGUGUCCACCCAGACCCCUCCUGUCCCCUCUCGCGCCAUCCUCACCAGUCGCAUCAUCCAGAAGUCCUCUCACAUUGCCGAAGUCCAGACAGUCAAAGUGGCUCUGGCAAACUGUGUGUAG